AUUUAUUUGCCAUAUUUUAGCUUCCGUUUUGAGAAAAUGCUGAACUAAUUCGGUGAAUCCAUUUGAUUUAAUGCAUUUUAUUUCACGAUGGAUUGGCAAUUAACUUGCAGAGUAUGCCUAGAGACAGGCGAUAUGGUCUCCCUGUUUGAUUGGGAUGAAAAUAACGAACAACUCGGUGAUAAAUACACAUUCUGUUGCGGCGUCGAGAUCAGUAAAAAUGAUUCGCUGCCGACUCUUAUUUGCUUAUCAUGUGUUGAUCGCCUCACCUAUGCCUAUAAGUUUAAACAGCAAUGCCUUACGUCUAAUGAAACUCUAAAAGAAUGCCUUGAAGAGUUUGUCAAAACUUCAGCUGCUGUUUCCACUCCAAACGCAUCUAAACCUACUGAAACUGAAACAAUUACCAUCAAACAGGAGAAUGGAUUUCUUCUACAGUAUGAAUUGCCUGUGGAGCAUGAUCCAACUUCUCAGUGGACAAGGACUCUUACAAAAGCUGCUAAUAACACCUCUGUUAUUACAAAAGCACCAGGCCCAAGGAAACGUGGCCGUCCUAGAAAAUACCCCAAUGAACAGGGACAAAUUGAUGUGUCACCAUAUCAGAGGAAAAAACCUAAAGAAUCUGAGAAAGAGCCAGAAGCUCUAACCACUCUGCUCGCCUCCGGAUCUUUGGAAUUAAAGCAGGAACCGCUCGAUGAUCCCAUUGAUGAGGAUGAUGAUUGUGGAGGUGUAGAUGAUCCAGACUUCAAUCCUACUGCUGAAGAAGACAAUGUCUCUGAUAAUGAGACUAUAGAGAAGGUAGAAAAGAAUGUGCCGCAAAAGAAGCGUGGUCGGCCACGCAAAAACCCGGAGCCUACACUCAAAAUUAAGCCCAAACAGGAAGAAGGUGAGGAUGUACUGCUCAAGGAAACCAUCUUGGCAUUCUCUGAACCCAUUCCUGAUCACAUUCUCAAUCCAAAGCCUAAGAAAAAACAAAAGCAGAAAAAGAAGUACAACUAUGAAAAAACACACACUUGUGAAACUUGUGGCACAUCAUUCACUUCGAAUGCGUCGCUCCAAGCUCAUAUACGACGACACUUGGGCAUCAAACCGUUUGUUUGCAGUGUUUGUGGGUACGCGUGCGUUCUCAAUAUGGAACUGCGUCGCCACAUGAUGCGUCACACCGGACAGCGGCCUUACAAGUGUCGUAUUUGUGAUCGAAGAUUCGGUGACUUCGGCAGUCGACAGAAACACGAGAGGUUGCACAUGGGACUACGUCCUUACCAAUGUUCUGUGUGCGGAAAGUCAUUCACGUACUCAUACGUGCUUGCAAAUCAUAUGCUUACGCAUACAGGAGAAAAGAAAUAUUCGUGCGGUCCCUGCAACAAGAAGUUCACUAAAGCCCACCACCUCAAGUACCACAACAAGGUGCACCACAAGGACCUUUACAUCCAGCAGCAAUUAGAGGCCGAGGCGAAGAAGAUGCGCCAGCAGAUGAACGUGAUCGGUCUAUCCGGGGUCCUCUCCGGCCAGAUUGUGGACGGCACGCUACAACUCACACAGGCCGCUUCUGAAGACGGUGAACAAGAGGCUCAGAUGCAAGUGGUGGAAGAGCAAGAGCAACAGUCAGACUCCGAGGAGAAGGAAACCGACCGCGCCGUCGCCGACAUGCAAGCUGUUAUCGGCCUAUAAUCAAUUAAGCCCUAGUGACUAAAGUAAACAAAAUGGAGAUUGAAAUUCUGAUUCAUAGAACGCUACUAUGUUGCAAAAAUUUCAUAAUGACUUCGCGUUAAACGUCUUUAAAAGAAGAAUACGACGUUAGAUAAGUAGUUGAAUAAUUUGUUGUAUGUACAUUAAUGUAAAUGUAUGUAAUUUUUGUUAAGUUAUAAAAUUCAUACUAUCCCAAAUAGCGUUACAUGUUUAAAACAGAAUAGCUUUGUGAAAUAUGAAUGGAUAUUGUUAUAAAUUUACAUCUGUAGUUUUGGAUCAAUAAAACUAUUGUUUUAAAAACUAAAUAAUAAAGGAAAAUGUCAUUUUAAGUAUUUGUAAUUAAUAAAAAUCAUGGAUUAAAGUAAUAACUUAUAUUUUUUUAUUAUACACACGUGAAAUUUUGAAAUAUGUACCUACAUUAUGUAAAUAUACUCCCAGACACAUCUAUCGGCCCAGUUAACGUCGACGAAGUUUCCACUUUCUUUAGUAAAAAAAUGUUUUUGGUGGAGCAAUAAUUUUAAAAACACACGAAAAGAUGUUUAAUAAAUCAACGUCAAAACUUUAAAUACUAUGAGUAGGUUCCCUUAUAAAGUUCAAUUAUUAAGAUGCCCAAGGAACGUUACGCCUGCCCAAAGACGAGGACUCAGUUAAACGGUUUACCUAUAGCAACCGGUUUCGAAAGCCGAAAUAUGUUUUCUUUUUCGAAAACAAAUUCGAAAGAAGAAUUAAAAUUCUUCUCUCUUAAUUUUCGUUUUUCCCGCCGUUUCGAAAACGGACGAAAUCGAAAUGGCAGGGAGGAGCCCACGGAGCCAGUGCAUGCAAGUUUCCCGGUAUGUAACAGUCAUGUAUUUUCCAGACACAAAAAAAAAUAUCGGUAAUACAUAGAGGGCUCACGUAUGGUGGGAAUAUUUCACAAGGUGUAAGGUUUUCCCCCAUAUGUUAUUCUGCC